AUGAAACUGCUGAGCUCAUUACAGAUUUCUUGUUUGAAGGUUCCGGCGAAGCUCUCGAAUGGAAGCGACGACGCAAUCUACCGUCUACCAGACGGCUUCAUUUUCGGUGCAGGCUCUUCGAGCUACCAAGUGGAGGGAGCGUGGGACGAAGACGGGAAGGGAGUCAGUCAAAUAGACCACUUCUUCCACAGUGCAGGGCGGCUUAAUGGUGACAUAGCAGACGACUCGUAUCACAAGUACAAAGAAGACGUCCGCCUGCUGAAGGAACUCAAGGUCAAUGCGUACCGGUUUUCUCUGUCUUGGUCACGUUUAUUACCAACAGGAGAACUAGAAAACGCAAAUAAGGCCGGUGUUCGAUACUACAAGAACCUCAUCCAAGAACUGCUUGAUAACAACAUUACUCCUAUUGUGACGCUGUAUCACUUGGAGCACCCACAAAUCUCCGAAGAUCGCUUUCAAGGAUGGCUGGGCUAUGAGAUUGUUGAAUACUUCGAAAAAUAUGCGAUGUUCGCGUUUCAGACAUUUGGUGAUCAGGUGAAGUGGUGGACUACACUUAACGAACCCCACAUAUUCGCUACGCUGGUGUAUGGCUACGGGGACAUUCCACGUGAAUCCAACGACGGUUUGGAAUCGAGGUCCUCGGAUUUCGACCUAAGUGGUAUCAAUCGAUUCGGCAAAAGGAGCCCAGGCCGCGACGAGUAUCUGACAGUGCACCACAUGAUUCUGGCUCACGCCAGGGCCUAUCGUCUCAACCACAAGCAGUUUGCAGAGCAAGGAGGCCGCGUCGGUAUUUCGCUGGAGAGCUACUUCGCGCGGCCCAAGACGAGUCGGUACGAGGACAUCCAGGCGGCGGAGCGGCGCAACACGUUCGAGCUGGGCUGGGUGGCGGAUCCCCUGCUGCGCGGCGACUACCCUCCCCUCAUGCGCCGCACCGUGGACGCCAAGUGCGCCGAGGAAGGCCUCCAGGAGUCCAGGCUGCCCAGCUUCACGCAGGCCGAGAAGAUGCUCAUCAACGGAACCCUGGACUUCCUCGGACUGAACGCGUACUUCGGCCUGGAUGCCACGGACGGCACCCCAGUGUCUGCUGGAAAUCCAUCGUACGACCGUGAUUCGGGCGUUCUGGCGCUCCACCCCGACGACCCACCGACAGGCGAGCGGCCAGCGUGCACUUAUUCGCACGCCACGCCUUGGAGCAUCCGUGAGAGUCUCCUAUGGCUGAGGGACCGUUACGGCGACAUCAGCAUCAUGGUCACCGAAAACGGGAUCGGAUCUUACCCCGAGGACGGCCUCGACGACCACCACCGUCAAGUUUACUUGAGUGGUUAUCUCAGACAGAUGCUGCGGGCCAUCCAUGAAGACAAAUGCAAUGUGAUUGGUUACAUUGCGUGGAGCCUGCUCGACUCCUUUGAAUGGGAAUCAUACGAUAACAGGUUCGGCCUCGUGCGUGUGGACCACGAUUCCCCUAACAAGACUCGCACCUUGAAAAUGUCUGGUCAACUCGUCCAGAAGAUCAUGACCGAGCGCUUCGUGCCCGAAGUACUUUCAUCCGGAGCUGGCGACCGCGUUGCCUCCUCCGCAAUCGUGUCUGUCUUCCUUGCAGUGUUGAUCCAAUUGUACCAAAUGGAAUUAUAGUACUGCACU